AUGUCCCUCACCCCGUGGUUCCGCUGGAACGAGGCCCUGCCCCGGCUGUCGUCCCGGAGUCCGGCUGAGAUGGUGCUGGAGACGCUGAUGAUGGAGCUGGCGGGGCAGAUGCGGGAGGUGGAGCGGCAGCAGCGGGCGCGCACCCACGCGGUCAGGAAGGUCCGCACCGGGGCGGACUAUAGCUGGCUGGCCAGCGCGCCCCGGCCCAGCUAUGACCUGAGCCCCGGCGAGCGGCUACAACUGGAAGACGUCUGUGCCAAGAUCCACCCCUCCUACUGCGGGCCUGCCAUCCUCAGGUUCCGGCAGCUGCUGGCUGAGCGGGAGCCUGAGGUGCAGGAGGUGGCGCGGCUCUUCCGCUCCGUGCUGCAGGAGGUGCUGGAGCUCAUGCGGCAGGAGGAGGAGGCCCUCAAGCUAACAAGCCAGUGGCCCCGCGCUGGGCCCGCGCUGGCCGCCUUUCGACCCCGCGCCCGCAUCGCGCCCUUCGCCAGCGACAUCCCCACCAUCUCAGAGGAUGUGGAGCGGGUGGCGCCGCCGCCCCCGCGCACCUGGAGUAUGCCCGAGUUCCGGGCACCCCACCAGGACUGA